CAAGAUUGACUUUCGAUAAUCAUUCACACACAUUUAAAACCGAGAAAUGCAUGGAUGAAGUCUUCAGGUGUGAGACAUCUCAGACGAAUACUAACAAUGAAGAUACCUUUUACAGCCUUUGUGCUCCUCAUCCAAGUAUUACAAUGUUUGGCUUCAGAUGAUUCACCAUUUCAACUAACUAACAAGGACGCUGGUUUUUGUUUGGUUAAAACAAAUAACGACUGCAAUGACAUACGCUGGACAUUCGGUGACCGACUUCUGGUUCACCAGAGGAAGAAGUGCCUGGGAGCCCAGGGGAAAAGUGUGGGAAGUGAAAUAAGCCUCCACGAGUGUGACGAAAACAGCGACCUCCAAAAGUGGGAAUGCAAGAAUGGAACAGUGCUCGCCCUCAAAGACCAAGAGCUUUACAUUGAGCUCACUGCGGAUAACACAGCCGUUCUCUCCAGAACAGUAGGACCCAAUAACCACCUCACCAUUACAGGGACGUCCAAUGGAGCUUGUGCCAGAACAUACAGAGAACUUUAUGCCAUUGGUGGAAAUGCAGCUGGACUUCCGUGCAUGUUUCCCUUCCAGUACAAAGACCAGUGGUACUCAGACUGCUCGACGCUCGACUCUCCUGACAAUAAGCUUUGGUGUGCGGCUGAAACUAAAUAUCAAAGUGAACGAUGGGGCUUCUGCCCGGUUACUUCCAAAGAAGGCUGGACUAUUUACCCAACAACAGGAGCGUAUUACCAGCUCAACACACAGUCGGUUCUGACUUGGCCCCAAGCCGAAGCCAGCUGCAAACAGCAGGGAGCCUCCCUGCUCAGUAUCAACGAUCCUCACGAGCAGGCUUACAUCACAGCACUACUAGGUACAGGGGGCAAUAAGCUGUGGACUGGGCUGGUCCUGGAUCCAGAACAUGGCUGGAAAUGGUCUAAUAGGAGACCUUACCGUUACAUGAAAUGGGACUCUGGACAUCCACGUUCUGAUCUGGGACACAUUUGUGCAAUUUUGGAUCCCGCUGUCCAGUACUCCUGGCAAAGUUCACUUUGCAGCAAGAAACUCGGGUACAUCUGCUACAGCAGUGCGGCCGAGGUAGCGCCUACACCAGCUGCUGAGCCAGGAUUUUGUUCAAGACCUUGGAUUCCCUACAAUGGCCACUGCUUCCACCUUAACCGUACUGAGAAAACAUGGACUGAUGCUCAGAGAGUGUGUCGUAAUGAAGGAGGAGACCUAGUCACCAUCAGAAAUGUGGAGGACCAAAGCUUUAUCGUCUCUCAACUUGGAUACAUAUCCUCUGAUAAUCUUUGGAUUGGACUGAAUGACAGGAAGACCGAGAGGCUGUUUGACUGGAGUGACCACUCGACUGUCAGUUUCACGAGCUGGGAAUUUGGGAAACCUAAAUUCUCAACUGAUAUACAGGACUGUGUUCUCAUGGGGGGAGAGGAUGGGAACUGGGCUGACCAAGUGUGCGAGAGGAACUAUGGCUUCAUUUGUAUGAAGAUGAGUGCCUCAGAACCCACUGGAGAUGAAGUGGAGCAGGAUGAUGGCUGCAAAGUUGGGUGGAGAAGACAUGGCUCUUACUGCUACUUUAUAGGGCCACAGAACAAAGCUUUUGAUGAAGCCAAAGAUGACUGUAUGAACUCAGGUUCCUACUUAGCCGAUGUUUCAAAUGUAGUGGACAAUGCCUUCCUUGUCAGCUUGGUGGGGAUGAGAGCAGAGAAAUACUUCUGGCUCGGCCUCUCAAACCAGAAAGACAUUGAUCUAUUUGUGUGGACCAACACAGACUCUGUGAGGUACACUCACUGGAACGCUCAGAUGCCAGGUCACCAACAGGGCUGUGUUGCCAUGAAAACUGGGGUUUUUGCUGGCCUCUGGGAUGUGCUGCCCUGCACCAAUAAGGAGAAAUACAUCUGCAAACACCUGGCAGAGGGGGCAGUUUUAACCCCUGCACCACCGACUGUUCCCCCUGCCACGUGCGCGGACGGCUGGGCUCAAAUGAGAUCAAGACACUAUUGUUAUAAGUUAUUUUCACAGUCACCCUUUGACAAGAGGACCUGGUAUGAGGCCAGAGAUUACUGCAGGGCCAUCAGAGGAGACCUGCUCAGCAUUCACAGUGCUGAUGAUAUGACAUUGCCCCUACCUCGACAUGAAAAAGUCUGGAUUGGACUUAGUGCCCCUGACCCAGUCACCGGUUAUGUGUGGAGUGAUGGAUCGCCACUGCAGUUUCAAAAUUGGAAGGAUGGAGAGCCAAACAACAAAGACAAUGUGGAAUCUUGCGCUGAAAUCGAAUCGCAUUGGCAGAGUUGGAACGAUGUGCAUUGCGAGACGUACCAUGAUUGGCUUUGCCAGAUCCGUACAGGAGUAACUCCAAAUCCACCUCCAGACCGCGUCACUCCAGACUACAAUAUCACCUCAGACGGGUGGCGAGAAUGGAAUGGGUCUCAGUAUUAUAUAGCGCGCUGGUCGACGGCCAUGGAAGAAGCUCGUAGAGCCUGCCAACAGAGGCAUAGUGACUUGGUUACUAUCAACAGUGAAGCUGAAAGUGUCUUUUUAUGGAAACAGGUGUCCAGAGAUGGUGGGAAUUACUGGAUAGGCCUGAACGUAGAGCUUGAUAGAACAUAUGGGUGGAUGGAUGGUUCUCCAGUGGUGUUUCAAAGGUGGGAUGAGAAUCAACCUGUUUUCCAACGCAAUGAUGAGAAUUGCGCUGUCAUGACUUCAUUUAAGGGGUUCUGGCAUGAUUUUAAUUGUGGGUAUGAGCACAAGUUCAUUUGUAAACGCAGUAGCUCACCACCUGCCAACGCCACUGUACCGCCAACAAUUCUUCCGAAAGGUGGCUGUCCACAAAACUGGGAAAAAUUUGACUCAAAGUGUUACAGCAUCAAUAAUAAACAGAGGGAGACGUUCAAAGGCGCAAAGACACAAUGCAAAGCAAUGGGAGGAAAGCUGGCCUCAAUUCUCUCAAGACAUGCACAAGUGUUUUUGACUACUAAAUUGGCUGACGAACCUACCACAGACCUGUGGGUUGGUUUGUAUGAAUUAAAUGGCAAUAAAUUUCUUUGGACUGAUGGGCGACGAAUGCGAUACACCAACUGGGCGUCUGCAGAACAUCAUCGAUCCCUUGGAAUGAUUUCAGAUCCUUUUGAGAGGCAUGACCCUUUUCAGAGAGGAGAUUUCGCACGCAGAGGAAUGGAUUUUCACAUGUCGUUUGGUCGUAUGCCAGAGCCUGAGAGGUGUGCUGCGUUGACUACCAAUCCCAAAAUUGGUAUUGGGAAAUGGAUAAAAGGUUCCUGCAAUGACACCAAAGGAUAUGUCUGUCUUCGAAAUGUUGACCCUUCUCUCCCAGACUCCCCUGAACCAACACUUUCUACCGACUAUGUCAAAAUAUUUAAUGACUCUAUCAAGGUUGUUACUCAACAAAUGAGCUGGGAUGCAGCCAAAAAGCUCUGUGAAGGAGAUGGUGCUAAACUGGCUAGUCUGCGAAAUGAGUGGACACAGGCCUAUGUUGAGUUGCUGGCUUUGAGUCUCAAAGCUCCUGUGUGGAUUGGACUGAACAAAGAUCAGACUGGCGGAUAUUUCAAAUAUAUUGAUGGCUGGCAUGUCACCAUACCCAAUUGGGGCAGACAAGAACCAAGCACAAUCCUACCUUGUGUGUUCAUGGGUGUGGAUGGAAAAUGGGCGACUGCUGACUGCAAUCGGAACAUGAGCAGCAUUUGCAUGAAGUCUACAGAUGUGCCACCGACAGAGUCAAGCUCUUUCCCAGGAUUUUGCCCCGAAGACCCAGAAACAUCCAGAUACAGUAGACAGAGUAACUUCUGGCGACCAUUUAGGAGGUUUUGUUACCUCAUUCUCACUAACAUGAUUGAGUGGCCAGAUGCAUCUGCUAACUGUAUAAGACAUGGUGGAAGUCUUGCCAGCAUUGAAGAUCCUUUGGAGCAAGCAUUCAUUCAAAGCAAUAUCAAAAUGUAUGAAGACAGCCAAAACUCUUUCUGGAUCGGCUUGUAUAAAACUCACAAAGGCAUGUGGCAGUGGUUGGAUAAAACCGUCAUGGUCUACAAUAACUGGCUUAACAGUCAAAACAUGGGUGAUUAUGGAUUGAUUAAAUCUAAGGAUGGUAAAUGGAUGGCAGGGAAACAGUGGUACCAAAGAGGAUAUAUUUGCAAAACACCCAAAGAAUUACAACAAGCGCCACAGGGAACUGUUAAUCCUGUGGUGGAUCGUCAAACCCGUGGCCACAUCAUUUUGGCAGUUGUGCUGGUCAUUAUUGCGAUUGCCAUUGGAGCAGUCAUCGCCUUGUUUCUCUUCAAGAAGUCUGGCCUCCGCUUACCUAUCCCUGGAAAGUUAUCUACCUUCGACAACCCACUCUUCUUCAACAAUGUGGUCGACGCAAAUAAACUGGUUGCAAAUAUAGAGGAAGAGAACCCACGGCCUGUGUGAUGUAAAUACCAGCAUUUCAUGUUCUGUUUUGAAAUGAGAGAAGUUUCAAUGCAGUUAUAAAAAACUGGCUUUAAUGAACUAAACUAUUUCAGCUGUAGGAUGUCUUAUUUGAUAUACAAAUAUUUGUAAUAAUUAGAAAUUAUGCAUAAUUCUAUAUUUUAUGUCAACUAAUAAUUUACUGAUUGAUUGAAUGUUAAAGGUUCAAUGUGUAAGAUAUGCCAGAUUUACAACAUUUUAAAAUGAACUGACAUCAUCCAAAGAAUGUGAAGAGGUAACAGUGUUGACGUUACGUCAAAGACGUGUAUGUGUUGUGUUGCA